AAAGCGUGUUUUUAGUUUUCCAAACUAUUAUUUAUUUCGGUGAUACUAGGGAUUCUUUGUAAAACCUGGAAAUGGUACGGUUUUACUUUGGAACAAGUCAAGCUUAAAUUACACAAAAUGUACUGCCACUGCAUAGUCUUCUUAUUUUCUGAUCACAAUCUGACAACGUUGUACGUUGGAUGGAAAGGAAAGACAGCAUUCAAGACUUCAAGUGGCUUUCAAUUCAUUUUGCUAAAAAGAAAAUGGUGGAUAUCCGCUAAGGAUAAAAGUGAUUUUUAUCCGGCUUUUCUUUGUGAUUUGUAACUUGUAUUGAUUUUACAAUAUUGUGUUACAUAUUGAUUGUGCUCGAAAACUACGUCAACUUUUACAUGUACUAUGCAACUGUAUCUUAUAGUUAUCAAACAUGUUGUAUGCUAUAUUUAGGAUUAUUGCUGACUUGCGGCAAAACAUUUUCUAGAUAGUUUCAGGAGAUAGCAUUUUUUGUACCAGUUGAGCUGAUUUUAUAGCUAGAUAAAUCGUUGCUGUUAGCUUUACCUGCAGGAUGUAUAACAAUUCGCAGUAUCCCCAGGGAUACCACAGCGGAUAUCCCCAAUAUCAGCAAGGAUAUGAGAACUACAACUAUCAAACCUAUGGGCAGACCUACACACCAGCAUCAAAUGUUGCUACCCAACCAGUUCCGCCUGGUGACGGUUUUACAGCCACAAACUGGACUACUACAACAACACCAACUACAUCUUCAGAUAAUUAUACUACAGUCAAAACAGAUGGAGGAUCACAAGGCUAGUCCUACAUAAAAAUGGACCUCCAGAGACGUUCUAUCUUCAUCAGGUGGUCAGCAAUUAAAAUCUGUCGUGAAGGAAAUGGAACAGCAAAAAGCGCAGCUGACCAAGCAACGUGAAGAAUAUGUACGCAAGGUAUCCGUGCUGCGCAGGGAACUGGAUCAGCUGCGCUUGCAGAAAACGCAGCUGAUGGGAAGCAGCAAGUCUUCGGAUAGAGAUAUUUCCAAUAUACUCAAGGAAAACGACAAAUUGCAGUCGGAGAUCCAAGGAAAAAUGAAGGCUAUUCAAAACGUCAUUGAGAUGCUCUCUAGCAUUAUCAAGGACGGAAAAUCCGUGGCAGAUUUAGAAGCAUCCUUGAACGAAGUCGCUAAUGCUCAUGAGAAUGCGUGGACAGCCACUCCCGAAAAAAACCGUUCUAGUUAUUCCCAUUCUCAGAAAAGCGCGACUCCGGAGGUGUCCCAGCAACGCGCAAAGUCGCGUGGUCGCUCGAAAUCGCGCGGUCGCUCUCGGUCCCCGGACCGAAUUUGUUACGUUCACUACGACACCGGUCUGCAUUGGUGCCGGCUGUGCGAUGAAUUUCCGGAAACAGCCAAGGACUUUCUCCUGCAUUUGCAGGAGAAAGAUCACCGGCAGAUGGUUAAGGACAACGAUGUGGAUUUGACACCGUGGCACAAGCUGCCUGCCGAAGACCUGUUGCCGGCGGAUGAGGACGCGCCCAAGAAACGGGUGCCUAUCAAAGGACUGCAAUUUUUCAUCUCCGCGCCGUCAUGGUAUUGCAAACUAUGCGAUAUUUGGAUCGGCGAUCUUCAUUGCGCCUCGCAUCAUUUGAAGUCUGUUGGUCACUUUCAAAACUACGAGAAUUUCGUAGCCCAAAACCCUCACUGGGAGAUGGAGUGGCUGAAAGACAGGGAAAUGGCAAUGUCUCGCAAAGGAGGCAACUCGUCCGAUUCUGAUGACUCGAAGAAGAAAAGGAAGAAGAAAUUCUCGCAUGACGGAUCAAGCUCCAAGGAUAAGAAAAAGAAGAAACGUUCCAAGAGAAAGAAGAAGCGUUCUUCCGAUUCAAGCAGUAGUUCUUCUUCGUCAGACAGCAGCUCUGACGACAGCAAUGCUGAUACGUCGAAAAGCAUCAGAGUGGCCAUGAGAAAUAUGAAGCAAGUUCAGUCAAUCAUGAACGAAGAUCUCAGCUCUAAGUGGAAUGUGCUAGAGAAGUUGGUGGAACAACAUAAGAAGGAAGAGAGAGAUAGAAUGGGUAGCGAAGAAAAAGACGAUCCGCUCAUCAACCAAUGGAUGACGAUAUCUCAACCUCCAGAAAAAGACAAGAAGCUGCUAGAGAGUCUCAAGGACAGAAUGAAACAAAAACAUGAGAUCGAACGAGCUAGAAUGGCCGAGAUAGAACUGAAGAAGCUGGAGAAAGAAAAACGUGACAGAGAAAUCGAAGAAAAAAGGCAAAGACAAAUCAGGGAGGCUGCUGAAGCUGCUGAAAGAGAAAUGAGAAGACGCGAAGAAGAAGAAGCUGAUCGAAUCAGAAAUAGAAAUCAAGUGCGUUUCAAGACGAAUUACAGAAAACGGCGAGAUGAUUCGGACGAUAGGAGUGACGAAGACGAAUUCGAGAAAUACAAACGUGAUAGGGCCAGGAAGGAUAGUGAUAGAAGUUCAUACAGCAACCAUCGCUCGAGAAGUCGCAGUCCCAAACCUGCUGAACAGAAGGGUGAAGAAAACGGCGACGCUAAGAAGAGACCACCUGGUCCGCCCAGUUACAAGAAGUUGCCGUUCAUUGGUAGGAUGCCGCUGUUUAAAAAUAAGAAAUCUACAGCGGAAAAGGUUGAGGAGGAGAAGGGUACAAAGGAGAUCCAAAAGGAAAGUUACGAGCCGCAGAGGCGGACCAGAUUCCAGCCGGGAAAUUUAGCGAAGGCGUUCAUGCCCAGACCGGACGUAGUCUGCUUCCCGAAACUAUCCAGCAUCCCGCCGCUGAACUUGCCGCCGCCUCCGCCUUUAGUCACCGAAAUACCGAAACCGGAACCAAAGAUCCCCCAAGCCCCCGCCCCUCCCACGAUCAGCAAGGAAAAGUCCGUCCUUCCGAAAGCACCACCUCCGCCGAAGAUCGAAGGGAAAACUGCCGAGAAGAACCUCAGCGAUGACGAGGUGUUGUACGGCGAAAGCGGACAGGCGAUGAAUCCGAACAGCAUGGGGCAGUAUUAUCAGGAUUACAACAUGAUGUUCCAGCAUCAGCAGUCGGACAUGUACCACCCCCCUACGUUCGAAAAGGAUCCAAUGGAAGCACCACCACCCCCGGCAAACGCGUACGCGAUGCCCCUACAGCCCCCGCCCCUGCCCCCGGAUGACGACUUGGCCAUGUUGGGGAUCUGUGCAGACGAUAUGGCUGCUCAGACGUUUUGAAAGAGUUUUAUACGGAUGUGACUAUUAUUGCGCAUAAGAUACAUUGUAAUAGGAUUAAAUAUCAUUUCUAGAAUA